AUGAGACUCCAUUCCCUUCUUUCUGUUCUCCUCUUCUUUGUGAUUAUAAUACCAAAAGCAAGGACUGGCCUUAUCCCGGGGAAAAAACAAUGUGUUCUUUUGAAAGGAGUGUGCAAAUUCGGAGGCUGCACCUCCACAGAAGAUACCAUUGGUACAUGUAAUGACGAAAAAAAAUGCUGUAGGAGGUGGUGGAUAUUGUAUCCCUAUCCAACGCCGGUUCCCAAAUCAAAAUCUCCUUAG